UUGUUUCUUCUCCUAUCUGUCUGUCUCUUCCUCGUUCCUUACAUUACUUUUCCUCUCAACAAGCAUCAACGCAUUUCUCCCCUUCUUUUCCUCUUACUGUUUUUCUCUUCUUUUUUCUCUUUUAAUCCUUUUAUUCUUCAUAAAAAAAUUAUAAAAAAUUUUAAUUCCAAAUCUGGUUUUUGGAUCUAUCUCCUGUAUUUUAAGUUUUGUUUGCCGUUUUUGGUUUGUGGUUUCUGUUUCCAUUUGAUUUUCCUGGUCAAUGUAGCUUUAUUUUUGGUCCAGAUUAGGGCUUUGAUUCCUAAUUUGUGUGAUUGAAGAUUUCGGGUUCACUUUGCUAUCAAUUUUAAAGCAUGUGAUUCUAAAGAUCUCCUUUUUCUUUUCUUAAUCCUUUUGAUUGAAAAGGAGGAAGAAGCUCAAUUUUUUUUCCCCUUUUGAAAUUAAAUUGGAUUUUGGAUUACUUAGAUUGCUAUUAUCAGUCGGUUUUUCCCUAUUUCAACGCUAAUUAAUGCGUAUGCUGUAAAAAGUUCAGCCCUUUUUUCGUCUAGGACAAAAAAAAUAAAAGAAUCUGUGAACCGGUCAAUUUGGGAAAUCUGCUGGUUUUGGGUGUCAAUGCUGGUUGGGUAGAGGGUUAUGCAUAAGGAAAAGCUAAUUGGUCGCAAAUCUAAGUAAAUAUAGCCAUUUUCUGCUUCUGGGUUGAGUUGUUUAGCGAUGGAGAAAUCGAAGAUUGACCUUAUUGUUGGUGGCAAAUUUAAGCUAGGAAGGAAGAUUGGGAGUGGAUCCUUUGGCGAGCUCUAUCUGGGCGUAAAUGUGCAAACUGGAGAAGAAGUUGCUGUUAAGCUGGAACCUGUGAAGACCAAGCAUCCUCAGCUUCAUUAUGAGUCAAAGUUGUAUAUGCUUCUUCAAGGAGGAACUGGAAUUCCACAUCUAAAAUGGUUUGGAGUUGAGGCUGACUACAAUGUCAUGGUUAUUGACCUUCUUGGACCAAGUUUAGAAGAUUUAUUCAACUAUUGCAACAGGAAAUUUACAUUGAAAACGGUGUUGAUGCUUGCGGAUCAACUUAUUAACAGAGUUGAAUACAUGCAUUCAAGAGGUUUUCUUCACCGUGAUAUAAAGCCUGACAACUUUUUAAUGGGCCUAGGCCGCAAAGCAAAUCAGGUGUAUGUCAUUGAUUUUGGCCUUGCAAAGAAGUAUAGGGAUCUUCAGACUCACAAACACAUUCCAUACAGAGAAAACAAGAACCUCACAGGCACAGCUCGCUAUGCAAGUGUCAACACUCAUCUUGGAGUUGAACAAAGCAGACGGGAUGAUUUGGAGUCUCUUGGUUAUGUGCUUAUGUAUUUCCUAAGAGGAAGUCUUCCCUGGCAGGGAUUAAAGGCUGGCACAAAAAAGCAAAAAUAUGACAAGAUCAGUGAAAAGAAAGUUUCAACUCCCAUAGAGGUGCUUUGUAAAUCAUACCCAUCUGAGUUUGUAUCAUAUUUCCACUACUGCCGAUCAUUGCGGUUUGAAGACAAACCAGACUAUUCAUAUUUGAAGAGGCUAUUUCGAGAGUUAUUUAUUCGAGAAGGUUAUCAGUUUGACUAUGUUUUUGACUGGACGGUUUUGAAAUAUCCUCAGAUUAGUUCCAGCUCUAGAGGACGGCAUUCCAGUGGGAAACCAGGUCAUGCAGGACCAUCUGCAGAAAGACCCUCAGAAAAGGUCUCAGUUGGGAAAGAGAUUCGGGAUAGAUUGUCAGGUGCAGUUGAAGCAUUUUCUUCAAGGAAGAUCUCAGGCUCUAGUCCACAUGACAAUUCCAGAAACAGGUCUUCAGAAAAUCACUUGCAGCAACUUGAGCCAGAGAAAGGCCGUAGUUCUUCUCGAUAUGGCAGCAACACAAGAAAAGCUGUCAUCUCAAAUAGUAGGCCAAGUUCCUCUGGUGAACCUAGUGAAGGUCGUCCCAGCAGAUUACUCUCAAGUGGUGGCCGUCUGACUUCUUCACAGAGAAUCCAACCUGGGUAUGAGUCAAAAUCAUCUACCCGUGCUGUGGCUUCUUCUAAAGGCACCCGUGAGGACACUUUUAGGAGCUUUGAGCUCCUCUCAAUCAGGAAGUGAUGAGAGUUUGAUGUAAGAGGUACUUGCUUAAGCCUCGGAUAGAUGCAUUACUCUUCCUUGUCAAGCAAGCAAUCUUGGAAUUUGUAAAACUUGCCAUUGUAUAUCACUUAAUCACUGUCAUAACUGACGAUUUCACAUCUUUUAAAAACAACAUUACCUAUCUUGUUCCUGCUUGCUUUAUAACUUUUGCCCCCCUUUUCUUUUUGUUUUUAUCUGUUGUAACGUGUUUUAGAAACAUCGAAGAGAGAUAUGCAAGGGACUCUAUUUGUCA